CCAGUUGAAAACAGUAUACCUUCAACUACUAGGAAAUGGAUUUUGGAAACAAGUUGCCUAUCUUAGCCACUGCUUUACUGAUCUGUAUUCAGUUUAAUUCCAGGGUAUCUGCCAUGGGCGGAUAUCUUUACCACAUUGAGGAUAAUAUUUACCCUGUGUUUGCUAGAAAUUUUGACGAUACUCCGGUCAUUUCGAGAAAGUCAAGUGUAGUGCUAUUCACGCACAGCUUCCGCCCCAACGACUUGGAGUUUGUACUGAAAUACACAAAUUUAGCCCGACGACUGAACAAAUGGAGUCGGAUUUUGGUAUUCGAAUUCAUUGAUUGUGCCCUGGAGGGCAACAUUGCUAAAUGCAGUGAAAUUAAUCACACCCCAGUCCUGCAGUUCUACCCUGUCCGAGACAGCAAAGCUGUCCGAGGUUCGCCCACUCGUCUCGAUUCCAAAGGAAAUGUAGAUAACCUAAUAUCGCAGGUGGUGAACUUGCUGGAGAAAACCCAUUCCGGAGGCAUCUUUCAGCCAUUUUUUGGACUGUUAAAGUUUGACGACCCAAUCUCUGGCUUAUUCCUGGGUAGGCCAAAAUGGAACCAUAUGGCUUUACUUCCCCAAACUAUUGGCAGCGAUAUUUGCAGAGAGAUAAUUCUCGGAUUGCUUCCGAUUCACGAAGUUGCAGUUCGCAUUGUACCAGAUAAAAGAUGGUUUAAAAAAAACAGAGUUGAAUUCGGUGAUGACUCGAUUGUGAUCGUAAGUAAAGGGUAUUUCAGCGGAUUAAAGCCCAAGGCUUUAUCAAGUCAGGGUUAUAUAGAUGCGAUUACCGAGUUUCUCAAUGGCAAAUUCUACUAUGCAAGGGAUUUUGAGCUAUCAGAAAAGAACUACGUUGAUAUCCCUGCUCUCCAGCAGAGUAUAAUCUUUUCAGAGCUACAAAAGCCAAAAACCCGGGUCUAUCGUGCUGACUUGGAGAAGGCAAUCGAGAAAAUAUUAACCCAAGACACUCUGAAGGAGAACUACCUUGAAGGGAAGAAACUUCUAGUACUGAAAAAUAUUGUUACUCUGUUGCAUCACUUCAAUCCGCUAAGCGCAACCGGCAAUGGGACUCUCAUAAUAAACAGAUUCUAUGAGUCGUUAGCGGACCCGAAACAGAACAAAACCCUUGGACCCAAGGUGGGGCGUGAGCAGUUUGAAAAAUUAAUAGGUAAUAACAGUUUCGAAGCUAAAAACUAUGUGCGCUGUGCCAGUUCAAUCCCAAACUUGAGAGGCUUUACAUGUGCCUUGUGGCUCUUGUUCCACUAUCUGACCGUGGAGGUGGCCAACAACCUAGGAAAAGUGAAACCAGACUCAGUUCUGUGGGCCUUCCAUGGAUACGCGAAUUAUUUUCUCGACAAGCCGGAGUAUUACCUCAAACUUAAGGAGUACGAGAAAAAAAACCCCAUAAGACCAACGCGAUCAACAAACCCGGACGUGGAUGUCGCCGAAAAUGACGCCAGACAUAGUAUAUUGUGGCUGUGGGAAGUGCACAAUCACUUCAAUAUAUUUGUGCCCCUCAAAGAGAAAGUAGAUCCCCUGUUCCCUAAAAUCAAAUUUCCCAGCGAAAAAGAUUGCCCACAAUGCCAGCAACCAUCUAGAGAUGGAGUUUUGAAUUAUCUAAAAAAGAUCUACAGAUUAAAAAACCUUAGCGAGUUCGGCAUGCCUUAGAAAAAACCCAUUUAAAUAAAAAUUGUCAAAGUGAAAAUUUAAAUAGACGACGAAAAAAUACAUCGGAGUAGACCCUAUAAUUUCGCAUGCUGAAAGAGGGGGAUUACAUUUAUAAAUUUUAAAGUCCUGCAACCUUUUCGAUUCGAAUCCGUCACCAAAGAGAGCCAUUUUCGGGGAAGUCGGGGAAGAUUAUUAAACUUAAAUACGUAUUAGCUUGGAUGGCUCAUAAUACAUACAAUCUUAAAAACGUUUCGUGUACACAAUUAAAAUUCUACAGAAUAAUAGGGUUUCCAGACCUUAAAUAAUAAAUAAUCGUAUCGAAAUGAAAAUGUAAUGGUAAAACAG